UGUAGAUCAAUUUGUAUGUAAUAUAAAACUUAGUCUUGCGUUUAACGCUGAAAUGAUACACCCUAAAUGCCUGGCAUUGAUCACAAUAUGUUUCUGCUUCUAUCGAGGAGUCGCCGGUACUAAGGGUGAAAACGAUUGGCACUACCAAGCGAAAGAGUCACAUCCCUGUCAGCGUCCUUGUGUCCCAGGGGACGUGAAGACGUGCUACUACAGGUUCUCCAUAGAGUGGUACUGGGCUCUCAGUAAAGCCUGCUAUGACUGCCCCCAGACCCUGUCCGACUGCUAUAGAGAGGACUGCGUCCCGGCCGAUGGCAUCCAAAGGUCUAUUAUGGUCGUCAAUAGGCAAAUGCCUGGUCCCAGUGUCGAGGUAUGCUACGGAGACAAGGUGGAGGUGGAGGUGGAGAAACCUGAUGAAUGACCAGACCACUUCGAUACAUUGGCAUGGCCACCACCAGGUCAAGACACCCUACAUGGAUGGGGUACCCUUCAUCACACAGUGUCCUAUAUCGCCCUAUUUCUAUAAUUCCGGUAUACUAUGGGGGCUACGAACCUUGUGGAACCCACUUCUGGCA